GAACUAACUACAUUCUUCUUGAGAUUUUGUUGAUUUCUUUUUGUUUAAGAUAGACUCGAAUUUAAUUUGUUUUAUAGUCUAGCCCUUUGACUAAUACAAUGGCUGAACAGUACGAUACAAACGGUGAUUUUAAUUAUGGGGAUGGCUCAAGUGAUUUUAAACGACGGGAAAAAAAUGCAACCUCCGAAAAAUCAGAUGACGAAGAAGAUCAUCCAAUUGCCGAAAAAGUUAGUGAAUAUUUACGUGAAUUGUUGAGUGAGAAGGUGUCAAUCGAUCAUAAAUAUCCGCAUGCUGAACGGUUACUUGAACAAGAAAUGACAAAAGUACAACAGUGUGGACGUAUUCCACAACGAGACCAGAAAUAUGUGGACAUUUAUCGUGAAAAGCAAAUUCGUGUCACUGUUAAAGUUCUUGUUCCAGUUAAGGAACACCCAAAGUUUAACUUUGUUGGGAAAUUACUUGGACCGAAGGGAAAUUCAAUGAAACGAUUGCAAGAGGAGACAAUGUGCAAAAUGGCCGUUCUGGGUCGAGGUUCAAUGAAAGAUAGAAAAAAGGAAGAAGAGUUGAGAGCAUCACUGGACCCUAAGUAUGCUCACUUGAACGACGAUUUACACGUUGAAAUAUCGGCAUUAGCUCCACCAGCUGAAGCUCAUGCGAGAGCAGCAUACGCACUAGCCGAAGUUCGGAAAUAUUUGAUUCCCGACAGUAAUGACUGUAUUCGACAAGAGCAAAUGCGUGAAAUGAUUGCUGAUGGAACGAUUCAGGCCGAAAUACCCGACACAGAACCCAUAAAUCCAUACAAGCCGUAUAUUCCCAAGCAUCGGACAGUGUCCACUCAUCCACCUCGAGCUGCCUAUCCAUCAUAUGGAUAUCCGCCACGCGUCGCCACAUCCGGCCCACCACCACGAUCACCGACAUCAGGUUCGUCUCGCACAGUUAUGCCUGCCAAACAAAAAAUCUUAUCGAUUCUAGAUCGUGCUCGCAAUGCUAUGGAAGAAUCUUACGGUGGUUACGAGGAACCGAUUUAUGAAGCACCGCCACCAGCUGCUCAUUACGAUGCGUACUAUCCGCCGGUUGCACCGACAUCACGAUCAUCUCGCUAUGAAGUGCAAGAUUACGAGCCAACUGAAUAUCGACGUGACUACUAUCAUCGCGAAGCGACUGCAUAUCCAGUUAAAACAUCAUCUGGAGCAACCAGUCGUUCAUCGUGGAAGGGUUCCAGUAGUGGAUAUCCUUCAUCUAGUCGACAUGAAGAGACUAGCAGUUCAAAGCAUUCACAUGCUAGCGGACAUAGUGGACAUAGUCACAGUCGUGACAGUCGCUACCGUAGCUCACCGUACACACGACCAUCAAAAAAAUACUAAAAAUGUUAAACGUAAACGCUAAACACAACGUUCAUAAUCAUAAUAACAUAAAUGGUGGAUAUACGGAUAAAACUCAAAUGGACUUGAACUAUUUGUAUAAAUGGAGUAAAACAAGAAAUAGUUAUUUGUUCUUUAAACAAAAAACCAAACUUCAAUUAGAAGAGUUGAAGUUAAUGAUUAGUUUCUUUGUGCAAAUUAAACUUAAUUAAAUCUGUAACUGAAACUUAAAUAUUCUAAUUAAAAACAAAUUUACAUAAAAAGGUGGCGUUAUAAAUAUGAUAUGAAAUCACCAAACAGACAAAUCCAAAAAUAAUAUUCAAUUUUAUUGACCCGCUGUACCAAAACAAAAAUCAUUCGAAAUUAAUUUGAUUUAUAUGAUGUGAACAAAAGUUAAUUGAUACAAAUUUUACGAUCAACCAUAAAACAUUCGAUCAAUGGAAGUAAAAAAUUCUUACAUAAUGCGAAUGCAUGUGACGAUUUUUGUUUUUCGUUUUGACCUGAAACAAUAAACAGACAAAUUAUUUUAAAAACAAUUAAAUGACAAAGAAAAUAACUUCAAUUAAUCAAGAAAAUAUGAAAACAUUGAAACCAAUUUAAAUUUGAAAUUAUCUUUUUCCCAAAUGGAAUGAUAUAAAACUAAAAAUGAAUUAAAAUCGAGCUAGAUGUGAGGUCUGUUUAAAUUGCUCGAAAAAAUAAAUAAAUUAUAUUCUUAAAGGUUGAUAAGAGAUUGUAAAAUAUGAGAACAGAAUUCGUGCAAUGUGUAAGUGCUCAUUAGGACGGGAAGUAAAACAACCCGUCCUUUGUAAUGUUCCGCUAUAAAGACAUAUUUACUUUAAAUCCAAAACAUUCACGUCGCGGUUUAAUAUUGCCAAUUAUUGACAAACGCAGUAAAAAUGCCAAUCGACCUACAGCCUGUGUGCAAAUGAG